AGGAAACAAAGUGGCACUAACACUUUUUCCCCCCAUGUCAUGAAAUGAUUAAAGUUCAGACCAGCUUCUAUAUAAGAAUUUAGAGACAUAUAGUAAGUACACUCUCUCUCAGUGUCUCAUUGGAUUGGACAAUUCAACACACUUCCUCUUCUCUCUCUCUCCCCUUUUAUUUUCCUUUCAAAUUUAAAACUUCCAACACAAACCAAAACAAAUCAUACCAAACAAACAACAACUACUCAUCCAAAUCCAAUGAACAUGCCCUUCUCUCCCCAUGUUCUCCUUCCUCUUACACUUAUCACUUUCAUCAUGUUCCUUCAAAUCCAAACAAUCACUUCUUCUUCUCUCUCAUCUUCCCCACAAAAACAACCUUUCAUAUUACCAUUAAAACUUCAAACAUUCCCACAUGCCACGGUUUCACUUCCAAACCCUUCUUCACGUAAACUCUCUUUCCAACACAAUGUAACCUUAACAGUUUCACUAACAUUAGGCUCGCCCCCACAGAAUGUUACCAUGGUCCUCGACACAGGGAGUGAACUCUCAUGGCUACACUGUAAAAAGCUCCCAAAUUUAAACUCCAUUUUCAACCCCCUCAUUUCUUCCACAUACACCCCUAUCCCCUGCACUUCACCCGUUUGUAAAACCCGAACCCGAGAUUUUCCCGUACCCGUUUCAUGCGACACGAAAAAACUCUGCCACGCUACAAUCUCCUACGCCGACGCCUCCUACAUAGAAGGCAACCUCGCCACGGAGACUUUCUUCGCCGGCGGGUCAGCACAACCCGGAACCAUAUUCGGGUGUAUGGAUUCCGGGUUCAGCUCCAACACAUACGAAGACUCCAAAACAACCGGGUUAAUGGGUAUGAACCGUGGGUCUCUCUCGUUUGUAACCCAAAUGGGGUUACCCAAAUUCUCAUAUUGUAUCUCCGGCAAAGACUCCACCGGCGUGUUACUUUUCGGCGACGCAAAUUUUAACUGGCUCGGCCCAUUAAAAUACACACCUCUCGUCAAAAUGUCAAUCCCAUUACCGUAUUUCGAUCGAGUCGCAUACACGGUUCGACUCGAGGGAAUACGCGUCGGGAAGAAGCUACUUCAGGUACCAAAAACAAUCUUUGCCCCGGAUCACACCGGAGCGGGUCAGACAAUGGUGGAUUCGGGUACACAGUUUACCUUCCUUUUAGGACCGGUUUACACCGCAUUACGAGAAGAGUUUCUUACUCAGACAAAAGGGUCAUUAACCCUUUUGAACGACACAAAUUUCGUGUUCCAGGGAGCUAUGGAUUUAUGUUAUCGUGUUGCUUCGGGUCGGGUGGGUCUUCCGUCGUUACCGGCGGUGACCCUUAUGUUUGAAGGAGCGGAGAUGAGUGUUUCAGGGGAGAGGCUAUUGUAUAAAGUAAGUGAUGACGUGGCAAAAUGGAAGAAUGAUUUGGUGUAUUGUUUCACGUUUGGGAACUCUGACUUGUUGGGAAUUGAGGCUUACGUGAUUGGACAUUAUCAUCAAAUGAAUGUGUGGAUGGAGUUUGAUUUGGUCAAUUCUAGAGUUGGAUUUGCUGAUACUAGUUGUGAGCUUGCAAGUCAACGAUUAGGCAUGGUUCCUUAGAAUUAGUAGUAAUAGGUUUUUGUUUUUUACUCUUUGUUUUUUUUUGGAUUCUUUGGAACAUGUUUGCCCUACAACUGUGGAGAUUUAUUUUUGUGGCAGAUAGGUUAGGUAAAUACUUCAUACCAGUUGUACUAGUUUUUGUUGUUUUGUUUCAUUGGUUAUUAGUGGACAAGACAAUUUUAAAUUUC